GACGGCCCCGUUUCGACUGAGCUGAGAAAGAGAUUCCUCUGGAAUCCUCAAAUCGGAGCGCCACCUCCCAUCGCGUCCGCCAUCGCUCCCUCCUCCGCCGAACACCGCCGUUCGCCGGCGCUUCCACCGUCGUCCUCCCGCUGGUCCGCCCCGAUCCGUCUUUCAACUCGUGUAUCAGUCCCAGCAACAGGCUUCGACUCACAGUCUCAGAAGCUCCAUGGGAGAAGGGGAGGCAACAUUAAGCGUUGAAAUUGCUGGUCAGAAUCAGCAUAAGGAUGAAGGAGGAGAAGUUGGAUCUGCAGCAAAGGAUCAGAACCUUAACAUUUUGGAAUUCCUGGAUUCACUGGACAGCUACCUGAUCCUUAUGGAUUCUUUAUCCACGACACUUCGCCAGGGGUGGUUUGAAUUGGCUGGUGCUCGACAUUCAAUGGGUGCAUCACGGAUCAAUAGUGCUUUAUUGGACCUGAAGAACCAUUCUGCUGCUACGCACUUGCAAGUGAACCAUCAUGACUUUGAAUCCACUCCGAAAGAGCCUCUCUUUCACUUGUGUAAGUGGGCCUCAUCUGUUGAUACCCAAGAAUGUUGCUCUAGUGAAGAUAAAAUUGGCAAGGAAAAAAUGCAGGAGAAAUCUGAUGGUACACAGAUACGACGACGUGGCACUACUGCAUCUUCUGAAUUGCAGGAAAAAGUGUCGAAAGAUGGGGUUUCUCAACCGGUAGUUAACAACAUGGUCCAGAAGGAGCGAGCCAAAUCACUCUCUGUGUUUGGAACUCUAGUAUCCCCGAAGCUUCGAGCUGCUCAAUUUUCAUUUGAAACAGCAUUGGAGACACUUGUACAGAUAGCAAACAUGCGAUUAUCUAUGCUGUCUUCAUUUGAUGAAGUCAAGAAAGAGUUGGACGAAAUGAAGCCAUGAUUUGUCGACCACUUGGCCUCUUAUAGUAUAUGAGUGAGUUUUCUGCAGAAAGACAUCAGUUAUCUUAACAUUUUCCACAUGCAUACACAUGAGAACACCAUCCUUGAGGAAGAGCACAGGAAGAUUGUUCCGCUUUAAGCUUACUUGAGUCAAGUUGGGAUCAUGCAUUCGGCGAGGAUCUGUGGAAAUUACUGGAGGUAACUGAGUACUAAAGCACUCUAUUCUUAAGAACGAAGGAGCUGAGUUCCACAUAUCAAUGGAAAGAACUUACUUUUUCAUUUUUGUGUAUGUAACUCAUGCUCUCAAGGAACUUGAUAAACCCAAGGAUAAUUGUAUUAUUAAAAAACUUAAGAGAGCGCAAUGUUUUUGUAGCUUUUCUUAUACUUUGAUCAUUUUCAAGUAUGAGAAAGAGAGUUUUCCGUAUGUGACCCGACUAACUUUGUACUUCCGUGUUUGGUUCCGAUUCGAUAUAUUCCAUUA